AUGAGAGCCUUUAUACCCACACUCUUUUACUUGGCGGACUCCGUCGCCCGAGCGUCAUCGCUAUGCACAGGCGGCACGGUAAUCAUCGUGGCCCAUCCAGACGAUGACUUGCUUUUUGUAUCGCCUGACAUGCUCAACGACAUCAGUUCAGAGCGAUGCACGACGACAGUCUAUGCAACCUCGGGCGACAAUGGCGAGGAUGCGGCUUACUACCUCUCGCGCGAACAAGGCGUAGAGACGGCCUGGGCAGACGCGAUAAAUUCCAACAGCUCCUCAUCCGGCGAUUGGACGACGUCCCAGUUCACGCUGUCUGGGCUCACUGUCCGCAAGCGUACCCAUACCCGCUCGACAGGCAUAAGCAAGCUCUUCUUGCGAGCUUUCGAUGGAGGUUUUGGUGGUCACGGCACGACCCUGUCAGGCGACGAAUCCUUACAAUGUCUCUACCAGUCUUCAUGUACCUCGCUGGGCACGGUAGACAACAGCAACUCAUUCACGCUCGAUUCGCUACAAACAUUCUUGGCAGCUCUGAUCGUUCAACAGAAGCCUGCCAUCGUACGCACUCUGGACUAUCGCAUUGCGUACGGCGCAGGUGAUCACUCAGACCAUGCGACCAUCGCACGCAUCGUUCUCGCCAGCGCGGCUCUUGUGCCUUCGUCUGUUCCUUUCAAGCUCAUUGGCUAUCAGGGCUAUCCCAUCGCUAACUUGAAUGCCAAUCUCGAUACUAUCGAGACACAAGAGAAGACCUCCGUCUUCUAUGAUUACACACCGUUUGAUGCCAACGAAUGUGCCAAUGCGACCGCAUGUGCAGGACGACCGGAGACUGCCUGGCUUGCUCGUCAGUACGAGUCAGGUAUACCACUCAGCUUCCCUCAGCCUAACAGCACAUCAGAUCCAGUCGUGACAACAACGCAACAAGCCCAGGCGGCCGCUACGACGACCUGCGCAGCUCUCGCGCCCUCGACUUACCCUGCGGUCUCACUCGCGAAAGCGUUCACAGUCCUUGGCGUACGUAUGAUUGUAGAACCAGUCUCGGCAGCUAUCACCGAUGCCAACAUUGCCCUCAACGCGACUGCAUCGGCGUCGAGUGAGGAUGUCUGCACUGGGCAGAAAGCCAGUUCUGCGAUCGAUGGCAUCGUUGGCGGCUACCAGGGUGCCGGAAAUAUCAGCAAUGAAUGGGCGACCUUGGGCGGAAAGGCUAACAGCUGGCUUCAGCUUACCUGGACGCAGCCUCAGACGAUCUCUCGCGUUCAACUGUUUGAUCGCCCGAAUCUCAAAGACUGGGUGACGAGCGGCACGCUACUGUUUGGCGACAACUCGACAGUCGACGUGGGCGCGCUCUACAACAACGGGUCAACUGCUACCGAGAUUCGCUUUACACCUCGGGUUUCGAGUACCUUGCGCUUCUCCGUGCUCUCUGUCGGCAACAGCACAUCCGAUAUUGGCCUCAGCGAGAUACGGGUGUUCUCGACAACGCCGGGUCAGUUUUUCACGUCCGCCGGCAACCUUGCGCUGUCAGCUGUAGCUACAGCUUCGAGCGCCAAUGCAGCAACGCGUCAGCUGGCCAAAAAAGCGAUCGACGGCGUUUUGUCUGGCUAUCCUACCAAUCCUGGCGCAGAAUGGGCAACUAUCGGAGGCGGCGUUGGAUCUUGGCUACUGCUGCGAUGGCCAAAGGCAGUUUCUGUCUCGUCCGUGACGCUCUUCGAUCGCCCGAAUCACAAUGAUCAAAUUCUCGCAGGCCAGCUGAUCUUCUCGGACAACAGCACAAUACCAGUGACGAGCCUGAAGAACGACGGUUCAGCUACCGUGUUCACAUUCCCAUCACGCAAUACGACUUCGCUGAAAUUCAAGGUACUUCAAGUGAGCAACACGACAAGCAACGUUGGCCUCUCUGAAAUUCAAGUGAAUUAG